AUGCCGUCUGCCACCGGAAACAAGCGUGUCCGAGGCGUCUCCGUAUUCCGACCAUUCAUUUUCGGCAGUGAAGCCCAGCCCUUUGACCCCGAGAAGCGCCCCGCUGACGCGCCCACCGACCACACCCAUUCUUGGCGGGUAUUCGUCAAAGGCAUCAACGGCGAAGACAUCUCCUACUGGCUGAAGAAAGUGCAAUUCAAGCUCCACGAGACAUACGCGCAGAGCGUGCGCACAAUCGAGCAGCCGCCCUUUGAAGUCCAGGAGACCGGCUGGGGAGAAUUCGAAAUCCAAAUCAAGCUGUACUUUGUCCCGGAGUCGAACGAGAAGCCGCAGACGCUAUGGCACAGCCUGAAACUCCACCCGUACGGGCCUGAUGCAGAGGGCAUGAAGGAGCGCCGCGAGGUCGUUGUUAGCCAGAAUUAUGAGGAGGUGAUCUUUAACGAGCCCGUUGAGCCGUUCUACGAGAUUCUUACGGGCGGUGGCCUUCCGGCUGGGGGUUCGAAGGGGAAGGGGAAAAUUCAGAAACAGAUUGCGGGCCGGACGGCCGAGAUUCCUCUUAAUGAUUCGGCUAAGAAUCCCUACAGUCGUGCGACUGAGGGUAAGGAGUUGGAUCGGAUGGCUGAAGCUAUGAAGACUGUUGAGCAGAUGCUCAAGGAAGAGAAGGAGAGGUUAGUGGAGCGAGAGAAGAGGCUGGCUGAGUUACGGGAGACGGAGGGUGUUCCUGCUACUACCAAGAAGCGAUGA